AUGGCUACUGGAAUUUUCAACUCUACCUACUACGACAAGGACUACCGCGCCGGUGCCGCCCUUCUGCGCGCCCGCCGCCCAUAUCUGUUCAAGAACGCCCUCACAGGCUUCGGACUGUUCGCUUUCACAAUCGCCGUCUAUUCUUAUACCAUCAAGGCCGUCGGCCAAGAAGAGUUCUCCGACGUCAAGGUCCCCGAUGCCCCCGUGGACAAGAAAUAA